CUAUAAUCGUGUUUCAACAGCAGGGGGUCAAAAGAACGAAAUAUUGAUCUUAAUUUAAGAUAGAAUCUUUAUCUUGAAAAAUAAUUACUUAGGUAGGAAUUACAAUAUAUUAUUUCUACAAUGUAUGCAUAAAAUAGUAAUUGAAACAGAUUGAGUAAAUUUAAAAAAAAGUUUGCAUCAAAUAAGGAGAAUAUGAAUUUUACUCAAAACUGUUUUCUUUUUCUUGCGGGUAUAAAAACAAGUUGCGAACUGAACGAGUUUUGCAGUAUAACAGCGACUCUGCUAAAAUGAAGACCUUCUUGAAAAUCCUGGCGCUUAACUUUUUAUUUAAUAAAAUACAAGCUUAUAACGCCUUACCCGGCGAUGAAACUUGCGAAACAUUAAAUUCGGAAAUAAACAUUGUAAAAGAGGAAUAUGAUGAAUUAGGAAGACUUGUAAGGAGUUGUAGCGCUGAAAUUGGAGUAAAUAAAUGUGAAGGAUCUUGUAAUAGUCAAGUUCAGCCAUCUGUGAUAACACCAACAGGAUUUUUAAAGGAGUGUUACUGCUGCCGUGAAAGUUUCCUUCGUGAAAAAGUAAUAACAUUAACUCAUUGUUAUAACCCAGAUGGAUUAAGAAUUAUGGAUCAAGAACUUCAAACGAUGAACGUUAAAUUAAGAGAACCGGCAGAUUGUAAAUGUUAUAAAUGUGGUGAUUUUACUCGAUAAGUUGUAGUCGAAAAAAGUACAAAAAUAAUCAUAAAAAAACAAAUUUUAAAAUGAAAUUUUAUCUUGUUUCGUGUUGGUGUCUAACUUAAAAAAACUAAAAUGUUCUUAAUUUAUUUUUAAUUUUAAAUAAAAACCAGCCCAGAACUAAAUUCAAAAUGCU